AUGCAGAAGCUUCUUAAGAGGAACUAUAAGGCGGUGUACGCCAGUGAGGACAUCCUAUCGCUGUACCACUCCUCCCUGCUGUACGGCGAAGUGCCUUUCACCAGUCGCCUGCGAGCCGUGCUCACCUCAGGGCCCGUCAGCCUCGUCGUCACUGCUACCGAGUUCAUAGCUUCGUGCGUGGGUGCAGUGUACUAUAUCAUAGGGACCAGGGAGACGGUGGCGCAGGUGGUGGCAUGGAACGCAGGGCACCUGGCCGUCUCUGCCUUCUUCAUCCUGCUCUUCCUCCUCCGCCUCUACAGUGCGCCGGUACGGUGGCUGUAUGUGUGCUCGUACCUGGGCGUUCUGGACAUCCUAUCUGGCAUUCCUGUGCUCGGCCCACUCCUCAGCGGCAGCAGGAGUGCAGGCGCCGUGUUCCAAGUCGUCUACUUCUUGCAAAUCCUCAAGCCCUUCACGCGUCUGCAGCAGCUGGGCCUGGAAAUAACAUCCAUCACACAGGAGGUCAUCAAUCUCAUCGUCUACCUCACUUCAUUAAUAUUCGCAGCAGCAGGCAUUUUCCUGUGGGUGACAUACCUGAACCCUGAGGUGCAGGAGACAGGCAGCUGUGAGCCGGUCAACUGCCUCGACUAUGCCAUGUCGCUCUACUUUGUUGUUGUCACGAUAUCCACGGUGGGCUACGGUGACAUCUUGGCAACCAACACAGCGGGGCGGGUGGUGGUGAUGUGCAUCAUAGUGGCGGCGCUUGUCAUUCUGCCCGUGCAGCUCAGCAACAUCUCCAACCUCCUCGCCCACAGGCCAUACGGUGGAAGGUUUUCAGCAGCUUCCGCCACAGGCAUGCGUUUUGUGGUGCUGACGGGGCAGCUCUCUCCUCUCUCCAUCCAACAGUUCCUCGCUGAGCUGUACCACCCGCUACAUGACAAAGACUUUGCUUCCUACCCUCUCCACACUGUCAUUCUCGCGCCCUUUGAACCAUCCUUUGAGCUGCGGGCUCUGAUCACAGAAUACCACGGUGCAGUGCGGUUCAUUCAGGGUUCGCCCAUGACGCUCUACGACCUGCACCGUGUGCAGAUCGCCCUCGCCUCCGCCGUCUUCAUCCUCCUCCCCUCGCUCCAAUCCUCGCGUGCGCUGGACAAUGGGCAGAUAGCGCAGGCGCUCGCAAUGAACCGCUAUGCGGGGGCGCUGUCCCGCCUGGUGGUGGAGAUGGGCGAUCCGCAGGCGGCAGUGCUGCCGGUGUGGGACUCGGCAACCCACCGCAUGCAAGUGCUCAGCCAUGAGAGCCUGCGGUUCAAGGUGUUGGGGUCCAGCUGCUUCAUGCGAGGCCUCUCCACGCUACUAGCCAACCUGCUGCGCUCACCUCUCCUGCUCGACUCGCCCGGCCACAAGGCAUGGCUGCCAGAGUACCACGCCGGCUGCCUGCACUCCAUCUACCCCGUGCUCCUCCCCCCCGCCUUCCAUGGCUUGCCCUUCGAAGAGGUUGCUGAGUUUGUGUACCGGUGCUUUCACGUGUGCCUCUUUGCUCUUGAUGUGCUGGUGGAUCCUGUGAAGAGUGUGUGGAGUGUGGAGUUGAGCCGCCUGCUCUCCCACCCCCACGAGGAGCUCUACCUUCUUCUCAACCCCUCCGCUGCUGCCUCUGCUUCUGCCUCUGCCCACACGCCAGUAGGAGCAGGAGAACCAGCAAAAGCAGCAGGGGCAGCAGGGGCAGCAGGAGGUAGCAGCACAGGCAGACGGAAAGCAUGGAAUGCAGGCAGUGGCAUGGCGAGGAAAAUAGAGCAGCAGCUGAGGGCGGGGCUUGGGAUGAGGAAGAAGGGAGCGAGAGGAGCAGGGAGAGUGGGGCUGGAGUGUGGGUGCCAGAGAGGUGUGUUCCUGCUGCCCUCAGAGCACAUCAUCCGCAGCUCUGUGGACGUGGGGCUGGUGAUUGCGCCCUGCCUUGAUGCUGCUGAAAGGGUUUCCGCGUUCACAGGCGGAUUGCACAGCGGGGAGAGUGGUGGUGGGGAGAGUGGCUCUUGGGGGAGUGGCCGUGGGGGGAGUGGCAGGGAAAGGCAGUCAUGGUGGGGGAUUGGGAGGAGAAAGGAGGAGGGAGGUCAGCAGCAGCAGCAGCAGCAGCAGCAGCAGCAGCAGCAGCAGCAGCAGCAGCAGCAGCAGCAGCAGCAGCAGCAGCAGCAGCAGCAGCAGCAGCAGCAAGCAAGCAGUGCAAACCAACAGCAACAACAUCAGCUCAUUCCCCAGCCGCCGCAAGCCCUGCUAUUCCACCCCAUCACCCGCCAGCACCACCACCCCCUCACUGCAUCCACCCUUGCAGCAGCACGCGCAUCCAACCCCCUCUUCCGCCAUGUCUCCUCCUUCCUUUUCGGCACCCGUCGGGCUGCCUCGCUGCUGCUGCCAUCCCCGGCUGCUGCUGCUGACGCUCGGUCACUGUUCCAGAUGGUGCAGGAGGAGUGGACGAGGAGAGGGGCAGGUGGAGGGGCUGAGAUGGCACCAGCUGCUGCUGCUGCGGCUGCUGGUACUGCUGGUGCUGCUGCUGCUGCUGCUGCUGGCGCUGGCACUGGCGCUGGUGGUGGUGGUGCUGCUGGUGGUGGUGGUGUGGGUACAAUGAGUUUGGGAAGAGAUGGUAUUGGGCCGGAGGAUCGGGGAGACACAGAGCAGGGGGGAGGCAUGGACAUGGAAAGUCAGGGUUUUCUGGUGGGUGGAGGCAAGAUAGACGGGGGGAGGGAAGGAUGGGAAAUAAUAGAGGAGGGGUGCGAGGAGAGAAAGGGAGUGGAAGGGGAUGUGUCUGCACCUCUCCCUGCCUCUGCACCUCUGCUUGUUACUGCACUUGCGCCUACCUCUGCAUUCAGUCCUCAAGAACCUUCUGUCACGGAAGGUGGUGCUACUGCUGCCAGGCAAGGGCCUCAUGAUGACGCUUUGGGCGUUGGUACAACUGUGGAAGGUGGUGGUGGUGCUGCUGCUGCUGCUGCUGCUGGUGUUGUGGCUUGCGUUGCUGCAGCUGGUGGGGAGGGAGCUGUGUUCGCCCAGGAUAAGCCCUUCUUGCGCCUGCUAGCCAAAGCUGGUGCAGAGGAGAAACGAGUAGGGAAGGGAGAAGGAAAGGGAGAGGGGACAAAGGACGGCGAAGAGAAACGAGAAGCAGACAAGCAAGCGGAGGCAGAGCAGGAGGUGGAGGAGGAGGGGGGAAAUGGAGAGGAGGAAGAGGAAGAAGAGGAGGAAGAGGAAGAGGAGGAGGAAGAGGAGGAGGAGGUAGAGAGGCCGGCAGUGGAGGUGGUGGAUCGGCACGAGGAGGCAAUUCUCGCUCAUCUGGACUCGCACACCCUCCCUGUUGCUGACUUUGCCUCGCCUCACAUCCUCGUGUGUCUUGCUGGCAGCAGCAGCAGCGUUGGUGGCGGUGGGAGUGAUAGUGACGGGGAGGAGGAGGGGGGAGGGGAGGCGGGGGAGGGAGGGGGCGUGGUGGCAUGGGCGGCGAAUUUGUUCUGCCUGGUGAAGCACCUCAGGAGCAGGGCACUGCCGCAGCGACCCAUAGUUAUCAUGCACCCCCAUAUUCUUGCAGCACCCCAUUCACCACGAGAGGCCAAGUGGGCAUCUUCCCCAACGUCUUCUUCCUCUGCACCCUCCCCCACGCACGAUCUCGAUCUCAUCCGAGCCAGUGCCUCCUCUCCCUCUCUUCCUUUCCCCUCUUCCCCUCUCUUCCUCCCAUACCUCGCAGCACCCCACACACCGAGAGCGGGCGCAGACCCAGACGUUUUCUUCAUCUGUGGCUCCCCCACGCACGAUCUCGAUCUCAUCCACGCUGGUGCCCUCCCUUCCCCCCCCCACAUCCCCACACCACAGCACCCAACUCACCGGGAGUGGGCGCAGGUGGGAAUCUUCCCCGACGUUUUCUUCAUCUGUGGCUCCCCCACACACGAUCUCGACCUCAUCCGAGCCGGCGUCCUCUCAGCCGAAAAGGUCCUUGUCAUCUCCCCCGACCAAUCGCCAGGCGCCACGUCACCCUCCCUCUCCUCCUCCUCCUCAGGCCCCUCGGCGGACCUGGCAAGCGUGGUGGUGGCAGCACAUGUGGAGCAGUUACAGGGAGGGUGGGAAACAGACGGAGAGAGCGGGGAAGCAGCGGAGGAAGGGGAGAGAAGAAAGGGUGGGUUGCUGGUGGAGCUACAGAGUGAGCAGUCUUAUCAGUACUUCCAGCCGCUGUAUCUGCUGCCAGGGCGUCGGGCGGAGAGGAGAUCGUAUCUGCGGAACAGGAUGGGGGUGUAUGCGUUUGCUCCUGUCUUCCAGAGCGGAAGGGCCUUCUGCAGCACUGCACUCUCCGCUGUCUCGUGA